AAUGUCUGUAACAAGGUGUCGGGACAGUGUCUUUGUCGUCAUGAGUUUGGAGGAAGACAGUGUGAUGAAUGUGGAGAAAAUCACUUUGGGAAUCCAGACCUGCAGUGUUUCUCUUGUGACUGUAACCUGGAGGGAACCGAGAGGCCAUCAUGUGACCCUGAAACCGGUGAGUGUAUCUGCCGGAUCGGCGUCACUGGAAUCCUCUGUGACGAAUGUGCUCCAGGUCACAGCUCAGAGUUUCCAGCCUGUGAGAGGUGCCAUGAGUGCAGCUCUCUGUGGGCCGUAAACGUCACUGACGUCCAACGAGCUGCCCAAAGGAUGAGAACCCUCAUCCCUCUCCAUGGCGACACUCAGGAUUCAACACACAGUCGCUACUGGCAAUGGAUGCUGGAGAUGCACUCCAGACUGGACCGCCUUGCUAACAUGACGCGUCCUUUCCUCCCAAAGCUGGAAAAUGUAGAGAAACUUUACAUUAAGAUUAGGAGGCUGAAAGAUACUGUAGACACUAACAUCAUUCUGAUCGACCCGUCUCUUCUCCUAAACGCUGACAUUGAUAACAUUUAUUCAGAGUUUAUGAAACUGCUUAAAAACAUGAAGGACCAACUCAUCAAGGUGCCAAAUGAGAAACAAACAGAGCAAGUGGAAGAGAUGCUAGAGGAGAUCCAAAAGCUUCAUAAAAUCUUUAUGUCAGACGAGAAGCGACUGAGAAACUCCAGUAAAGCUGUGGAGGACUCUAUGGAUACUAGGCAGGAGUUAAAGCGCAAGCUUAGCAUGUGCAAAGGCAGAGGACCCAUGGCAGCACUGGAGAAGAAGGUCAAAGAGCUGAGUGUUCUCAAACUCAACCAGAAGGUCUGUGGGCAACCAGAUCCGAAGGACUGCUCAAAAUGUCCUGAAGGGCAGAUAUGUGAUGGAGCUGUCCCAGCUUCUCAGAAAGCUUUAGAGAUGGAAGAGAAAGUAAAACAACGACUCGUCGAACUCCCUCUCAAGCUACGGGAGUCUGAGAGAAAGAUGCAAGUAGCCCGGUUGGAGGCUCAGUCCACCAAAGACCAGGCCCAAGACCUGCAGCGUCAGAUCAGGGAGACCUCUGGAUCACUGGAGAUGGAGAAAAACAGAACUAGGGAGCUCCUCCAGAGAGUCAAACAAUACUUGAUGGAUGAAAUGGUUCCUCCAGAGGACAUCAAGAAAAUGGCCAACGCUGUCCUGAGCAUCCAUUUACCACGAUCACCUGCUGAGAUCCGACGGAUGAUCAGUGAAAUAUAUAAUCUGUUAAACAGUGUGACCAAAUUCCCGGAUGAACUGAAGAAGUUACAGGAUAAAGCUAAAACGGCUCAGGAGCUUCUGCUGAAAGCCACACAAAUCAAGGAGAAGACCAAAAACAUCAACGUUGUAGACAUCAGCAGGGACCUUUAUGCAGCUGAGGAGCUUCAGAACAGAGCCAACGAUGACCUGGAGGUUGCGGUUCAGGACAGAGACAUGGCGAAAGAUCAAAUCCAAGAGAUGGAAAACAAACUGGACAGCAUUGAGCCUAAGCUGAAGAAUUGGCCUUCAGAUCUGCAGGAAGAAAUCGAAGCUGUGAAGAAUAAAACUGAGAAGAACAGAGAGAUGGCCAGAGAAGCCAGAGAAGCUGCAGAAUCAGCAUUUACACUCCUUCCUAAUAAAGCGGGGCUACAGGACGUUGAGGAGCAGUUUCAGCUUUUAAAGCAAAAACAAUUGAAUCAAACAAUUGGAGGUGAAGCAGCAGAUCGUCUGAAGAGAAUCCAAGCGGAGGCCGAAGAUAUGCAGAGACAAAUGGAGGACAGACUGCGACAGUUACAAGAUGUGGAGCAGAAGAUCCAGCAGCUUCUCCAAAGGAAGAAUCAGAAAGUAGAGGAGGUGUCCAACCUGCUGAAGAUGGUGGAGUCACUACAAAAGGAAAUUGCCUCUCGGGCUAUAGAAUAUAGCCGCUGUGCCCCAUAAAGACUAUAAAACUGAAUAAAAAUGAUUCAUUUAGAA